AUGAGGAAGGAAGAGGAGAAGAGAAGAUCAAUCUAUGGAGAGAACACCGAUGUUUUGAUGAAGGAAUUCAAACCGUUUGCUAUCAAGAGGUUUGGUGAACAAAUCAGCCUUCUGAUCAUCAAUGUGAAUGAAUUCAAGAGUGAGAUUAUCAUCUUCAACAAGCUCACGAAUGAAGUGAUGUUGAAUCUCUAUGUGUUUAGUUCGAGAAUGUUAAACAGGAUUUUUAGAGAUGUUGAUGGCACUGGUAUUGUCACAAUAGAUGAUUUUGCUGCUUUGGAUGCCUUGGAGCUAUUAGAUUUGAGUUACAAUGAAUUAACUGGAAUUGUACCUCCUUCUAUAGGAGCAUUAUCUUCUCUCAAAUCGUUAGUUUUGGAGGGAAAUAAACUUAAUGGCUCUUUACCAACUCAAGGUUUAUGUGAACUCAGGAAACUUGAAGAGUUAAAUCUUAGGUGGAAUAAUUUUGAAGGAACCCUGCCUUCUUGCCUAUACAAUUUGACAUCUCUUCAAGUGUUAGAUCUCUACGAGAAUUCUUUCAGAGGAAACAUUUCAUCUCAUUUGAUAGCUGGGCUCACAUCCCUUAAGCAGAUUGAUCUCAGUUAUAACCUUUUUGAUGGUUUCUCAUUCAGCUCAUUUGCUAAUCUGUCUAAGCUUGAAUUCGUUCAAUUUAAGUGUGAUGAGAAGAUGGUCAAUAUAGAAACAGAAACUUCAGACUGGGUACCUUUAUUUCAGUUGGAAUUCCUUGUGAUAUCUAAUUGUAGUCUCAACAAGCUCUCCAAUCAAAUUCCAACAUUUCUCUUUCACCAGCAUAGCUUGAGAGUACUUGAUCUCUCUUACAGUAUGUUAAAAGGACAGUUCCCUGGUUGGUUGGUUGGAAACAAUACAAGGCUGGAAUAUGUCAGUCUUCAUGAUAACUCUCUCUCGGGUAAUUUUCAUUUGCCGCUGUGUCUCAACUUUACUUAUUGCAUGGAUGUGUCAAACAAUCAGCUCAAUGGGCAGCUUCAAGGAAAUAUAGGGAAUAUGCUACCAAAUAUAUUGAGUCUAAAGUUAUCCAAUAAUACUCUCAGUGGUUCCCUCCCAUCCUCAAUUGGCAAUAUGAGUCUUUUGAGCACAUUCAGUGUUUCCUUCAACAACUUCUUCGGAGAAGUACCAAAAAAGUUAUUAGCAGGUUGCUCCGAGCUAAUGAUCAUGGAUUUAUCUAAUAAUAAUUUCGAUGGCCAUUUAUUGUCAACUGAUUUUAACUUGACUAUGUUAGAGGCUUUGAUAAUAAAUGACAAUUCGUUCUCAGGAACUAUGUCAAAUGAAUUUUCCCCACAAACUUUUGAUUCUUUCUUCUUGGAUGUUAGCAAUAACAACAUGUCAGGUAAGAUUCCUACUUGGAUAUGCAAUCAAACACGUUUUUCUACUCUCUUUUUGGGAAAUAAUUAUUUUGAAGGUGAAAUUGUAUGUGAAACAACUUCAUUUAGCUUUUUGGACCUUUCUCAUAACUUUCUUUCGGGAUCUUUACCUGCGUGGUCAAGCAAUGCUUUACAAUAUUUAAAUUUGAAAGAGAAUAAAUUUUCAGGAUCAGUACCAGAAGCUUUUCUCAAUAUUUCAAUGAUUGUGACAUUAGAUAUCAGUGACAAUAAGUUGUCAGGAAUCAUUCCAAGUGCAAUCGGUAAACUUUCCUACUUAAGAAUUUUGUUGCUGAGAGGAAAUCGUCUGAAUGGCACCAUUCCAACUCAGUUAUGCAAACUGAUCAAUAUAAGCUUAAUGGAUCUCUCUAGAAACUUCUUUUCUGGGACAUUACCUCACUGUUUUCGACACAUUGUCUCUAACGAGACUCUGUAUUUUGGUGAUUUUUUCUCAAGAGAUGUGGAGCCCUUCACUUCCAGACCUAAGGGUGUCUACGAUGGUGUACGUUUUGAACGUCACAAAAAAGACAUUGAAGUUAACUUUGUUACUAAAUAUAGGCUUAGCUCUUACAAAGGUAGCAUUCUUCUUCACAUGUCUGGUUUAGAUUUUUCUUGUAACAACCUAACAGGUGUAAUCCCACCUGAACUUGGACAGUUACAAGGAAUUCGUGCACUAAACUUGUCUCACAAUCAGUUCACGGGUUCCAUUCCGGAAACAUUCUCCAACUUGGCUUUACUAGAGAGCUUGGAUCUUUCUCAUAAUAAGUUGAGCGGAGGUAUCCCUCCACAAUUGAUUAAGCUUACCUUUUUGGCGGUGUUCAGUGUGGCUUAUAACAAUUUAUCAGGUAGGACCCUAGAUAUGAAAGCCCAAUUUGGAACUUUUAGUGCAAGAAGCUAUGAAGGAAAUCCACUUUUGUGUGGACUACCAUUGGUGAAAAACUGCACCAAUAGAGACAAUCCAUCUCCAACGCCAACACAAUCCUCAGAUGCAAGUGAUGAGAAAUGGUAUGAAGUAGAUCAAGCAGUCUUCUUCACUAGCUUUUCGGUGACUUACAUCAUGUUCUUCCUAGGAGUUAUUACUGUUCUUUAUAUCAACCCUCAUUGGCGACUGUGGUGCUUCAAUUUGGUUGAGGAUUUCAUGUAUUUUUGUUAUAUUUCAACUAGCAUUACUUUGCGUAAGUUAUCUGUCCAUUUGUAUAAUUAA